GCCACCGUCGUCGCUGCCACCGCCCCCUGUCCCGGCCUCCCCCCCUCCCCCCUGGUUCCCUCAGUCCAGUCCGGUCCAGCCCGGUUCCCGGGAGGAUGAAGUUCGUGUAUAAAGAGGAGCAUCCGUUCGAGAAGCGCCGCUCUGAGGGCGAGAAGAUCCGAAAGAAAUAUCCCGACCGGGUCCCGGUGAUAGUAGAAAAGGCUCCCAAAGCUCGGAUAGGAGACCUGGACAAAAAGAAAUACCUGGUGCCUUCUGAUCUCACAGUUGGUCAGUUCUAUUUCUUGAUCCGGAAGCGAAUUCAUCUCCGAGCUGAGGAUGCCUUGUUUUUCUUUGUCAACAAUGUCAUUCCACCCACCAGUGCCACGAUGGGUCAACUAUACCAGGAACACCAUGAAGAAGACUUCUUUCUAUACAUUGCCUACAGUGAUGAAAGUGUCUAUGGCCUGUGAAGCUGCUGCGCCUGUGGUGGGGGGGUCCCAUUCUACAAAGAGAGGUGGCCCCCCCCCUUCUUGACCUCUCUUUCGGACCUGCACUUCCUAAUGUUUGAGGCUCUUCUCCAGAACCUCUUAGCAAUAGGGUCAAUGGAGAAGAUCGCUUCUAGUACCUCUCCUUUCUCCUUCCUUCCUCUUUCUUUACCACCUUAUCCUUUUUUGCUCUACACUUGAUUGUCCAUCUCUGUCACAUCAAGUGAUUGUUUUGGUUUCUGUUCCCUUUCUAACUGCCAGGGGGCUCAGACCCCAGCAAUCUUUUCCUUUCACUACCUUUUUUGGGGGGUAGAUGGAAGGGCCUGAAAUUGUUGGAGAAGGUAGGAGGCACAUCAAUAAAGAGGAAACGACCAAGUGAA